UAAUAGAACUCUAGGAACACUCUUGCGUGCAUUCAUCAAAAAGAAUCUGAAAUCUUGGGAAGACUAUCUGCCACAUUGUGAAUUUGCAUAUAAUCAUGCUGUGCAUUCUGCUUCUAAAUUUUCACCCUUUGAAAUUGUUUAUGGGUUCAAUCCCACCUCUCCUUUGGAUUAAAUUCCUUUACCUGAGUGUGAAAGGGUCAGUUUGGAUGGCAAAAAGAAGGCAGAAAUGGUGAAACAACUCCACGAGCAAGCUAGACUCAACAUUGAAGAGAAAACUAAGCAGUAUGUCAAGCAUGCCAACAAAGGAAGGCGUGAGAUGGUCUUUAAAGAGGGUGACCAAGUCUGGGUUCAUCUAAGAAAAGAGAGGUUUCCUAAUGAGAGGAAGUCCAAGCUUAUGCCGAGAAUUGAUGGACCUUUUGAGAUCACAAAGAAGAUCAGCAACAAUGCCUACAAGAUUGAUCUCCAAGGUAAGUAUGAUGUGAGUAAUAGCUUCAAUGUUACUGACUUGAUCCCUUUUAUUGCAAAUGAACCUGAUUUGAGGUCAAAUCAUUUUCAAGAGGGAGGGAAUGUUAUGAUCAUGGACCAGCCAGCUGAUGAAGAUAGAGAUGGAGAGUUUAGAGAAGAACCGGCUGAAGAAGAUGAUAUCUUAGCCAUUCCUAAAGGUCCCAUAACUCGAGCCAGAGCCAGGAAACUCAAAGAAGCUAUUGGAGGACUAAUCAGGAAGUCUUUGGAUCAAGAAGAAUGUCUUGGAGGAAGCUUGAUACUUCAAGAUACACUUAUCACCAUUCAAGCCAUCUUACCAUCAAGCUGAGUAUCAUCUAGGCUAGCAAGCUAUGUGUGCUCUUUUCCUAUCAUUGUUUUUGUCCCAUUGGGUUUUGCAAUGAUAGGUUUUUAACGAGGCCGUAGUCUUGCUAUCAUAUCACCUAGUUGAUACUCUCGGACCAAACCACAUGAAGAACCUUAUGUUAUCUUUUAUUUCUAAGUACUUAUGUCUUUUAUUUUCGAAAACUCUAUCUAAGUUAUGUCUUUGUUUCUACAUUAAUUGGAGGAGCCUGUUCCUUUAAUUUCGAAAUGCUUGGAGCCUGUUCCAAGCCUUUCACUAUAUAUAUGUGUGUGACGGCAACCCUAGCAUCUAUCAAGUU